UCCAGGGAACUCCGUCUCCAUGGCGACGGUAAACAGGUCUGUUCAGUGUAACUUACACACAGUUGAAACAUUAGCCGGACAGCGAGAAGGAACACAAACACACUAACAGACACCCAACCAGCAGUCUGGACAGAUGGCGGAUUCACAGCGAACAUCUGAACCAAUCAACUCUGUGCAUCGAGAUGAAAUCUGGAAAGCACAUGUAAAAGUUGAGAAGAAUUCGGCUGAUAUCUGGCCCAACAAGUGGGGCUUCCUAACUGAGGCCUACAAGGAGUACCAGAGGGAGAAUGUGAAGCUGAAGGAGGCGCUCAGAGAGGAGCAUCCCCAUCAACACCUGGCAGCACGACCUCCGACCCCUCAAGAAAAUAUCACCCAAGUUGGCCCCUCUCCUCCAGUCCCUAAGACAACUCAGGCCCUGAUUGGUUGGCGUUCAGCUCAUUCGCAUCUUCAGCUGGAAAAGUAUGCCGCGGUGCGUCAUGGGAGGCGUAGUUUUCUGAAGGAGCUGGGCUGGCCUUUAAACGCUUGCAUCUGACUGGAAACCUCCAUUCUGUGUCGUCCUGGCUACUACUACUGUUCUUCAUUAUGCAUUUGCAGCUCCUUCAUCAAGAUAGUCUUUAGAAAUACACGGAGCCAUGUUUGUUCUCCAGUCUGUCCUCCAACAUUCCAGUAACAUCCAGUAGUUAUUAUUUGCUUUCUGAGCGUUGACUCAAUGCUUUGGUUGUAGUUUACAUACACAUACACAUACAUAGAUGUACAUUGCUUUAAUGUUGCGGGUUUCUUUUUUUUUACUUGUGAAUUUCACCAAGGGAUCAAUAAAGUCUUAUCUUUAUCUAUA